CGAAAAGGAAGCAGCCAGUCUGUUUCGGGUAUUUGGACUGGUCGGAUGUACACAGAUCGUGCUCUUAAAUGUUAGCCGGUGACUGACUGUUUUGAUGUGCUCUAAUGUCAUUCACUUGAACAAGUCGUGAAAUCGAACUCUAUUUGUUCGCGGGUGCUCACUGUUCUGUAAUCGUGGAAUACAUCAUUCGAAUUUCUGUCGCUUUCGAAACCGAUAAUUCGAUUGCUCUUUCGAGAUUCGCGAGAAGUGUGUCAAAGUCGAUGUAACGUGUUUCUGUGCGUCCAUAGUCAACCGUAGCUGUAAGUGUCUCCGGGCUUCGGAUACGGUUCCCAUAUUCCAAUAAAAAAUGCCGGUGCGGUAGUGAUCGUGGCCUCGAAGCGAGUCCUUUUACGGCGGGGACGAGCAUCGAAAGCGGAGGAGAGCCUCCCUCUCUCUGUCUUUCUCUUUCUCUCCCCGAUCGUCCACGUUGGCCCAGAGACGCGAGUCAAACCAGCAUCAUCCACGCGAAGGAUAUAAGGGACGAAGAAAGCAGGAACGAGAAGAACCGGGUUGGUUCAAGAGAGAUAAAACGAAAGGCUGGAAACUAGACGGCCAGGUUACCGAGCUAGCAUGGAAUAAAGGCGGUGCAGCGACGCGGUGGAUCGUGCACAAGGGAGAAAGGGAGAGAGAGAAAUUCGGGGGAAGAAAAAGCAGCUGCCGGACAAGGGAACACUGGUGGUCCUCCUGAGUGUCAGUUAAAUCCAGCAUGAAGUAGAAGAAGAGAAUUUUCAAGAGGAAGAACGCGGUCGUUGAGACGAAGGACGGAGGAUUAUUGAUCCGAGAUAUCGAAAGAAGAGAAAGUGGUGGAUAGAAGAGAGCGGCAGAGGUGCGAGAGGAGACCGAUCGGAUAUCGAGGAUUGAUUUUGAAGGAAAAAGACGGAGAAAUCUAAAUGAUAGAUAAAAGAAAAGGGAAGAAGGCGAAGAAGGAGGGUUAGAGGGGAGGAAACGGUGGUCGAGUUAGGAGGAAGCUGGUGAAGGAGAGGAAUGGGUGCCGGCAUGGGCAGGAGCGGCACGAGCGGCGGCUUCCUCGAGGCACUUCCCACGGGAACGCCGCUCCACGUGGCCAUGCUCGGUCUCGACAGUGCUGGGAAAACCACGGCGUUGUAUCGACUCAAGUUCGACCAGUACCUAAAUACCGUGCCCACCAUUGGCUUCAAUUGCGAGAGAAUCCGUGGUGGCAUCGGAAAAGCGAAAGGUGUGAAUUUUCUCGUAUGGGACGUGGGAGGGCAAGAGAAAUUGCGACCAUUAUGGAAGUCUUAUACCCGGUGCACAGACGGUAUUAUCUUCGUGGUUGAUUCUUGCGACGCGGAACGGCUCGAGGAGGCAAAAAUGGAGCUGACCAGAACAGCCAGGAGCCCGGAUAACGCUGGUGUCCCCAUUCUGAUCCUGGCCAACAAGCAGGAUCUGCCAGGUGCCAAAGAGGUAGGCGAGUUGGAAAAGCACUUAGGCGUCCUGGAACUAGCCGGAAUGCCAGGCAGUGCGUGCAUCAGAGUGCAGCCAGCCUGCGCAAUCACCGGCGAAGGCCUUCACGAGGGGUUGGACACAUUGUAUCAACUGAUAUUGAAGCGACGUAAGCUCGCGAAGCUGAACAGGAAGCGGGCCAGGUAGGCCAGGGCCUCGGAGGACUGCACGUGCGUCUUCUGAUUUUGUAAGUCGCGGACAGUCUCUCCUUUGGAUACAGCCACGCCUUCCACGGUGUCUUCUUCUUCGUCCUCUUGCAAUGACGACGUCCACGAGGUGCUCGAGUGAAUGCACGUGUACACAAACCUGCCGUUCACGCGGACAAUUGUUCUCGUCGUAGAACACCCUCGAUUUUUUGUUCCCGACGAUUGUUUCUCGGACCAGCGUUGCUCUCGAGACGCUGGCCGACCGGAUGUGUAUUCUUAAUGGUGCAAGCUGAACGGUGGAUUCGUGCAACAGAGAUCGAAACAGAUCUCGUGGUAUCGUACACGGGGUCGUGGUUCUACGUUCUUCGAUGGAGAUGCUUAAUUUUUCUGAUACAAGAAAACUGGACAGCCACUGGCGAAAGAAGAGGUCAGAGCUAUACUUGGACGUAUUCCUUUGUCGAUCGAUUUGUUUUAAUUUAGUUUAAUAAUGAGUAUUUAACGAACGAGGGAUAUACGAGACGAUGAAAAACUGCCACUAAAGCUGCGUGGCUGACGCAACAUACUCUAGAGAAGAACACGAAGAGAGGACAGCGGUCCUUGUAAGAAGCUAAACAAUUAUGACAGACGAUGACGUCGGUCUGAAUAUUUUUCCGAUCGGGUGCUCUGACUGGGGUUGUUUUACUCACCGAUCACCGGCUAUUUUUGCCGAUCCUAAAUGGUGUACAGACGUGUCUCCGCUUUUUCAAGAGAAGAUCGGGAGGACGUAGGAAAUUUUCGAGGCAAUGGUGAAUCACUCGCCGAUAUUUUAGAUGAAUCGUGGAUGUCCGUGAUGACAACGAAACAAGUGCUUCUCCGCCGUAACACAGAAGCUCUAUUUUGCCAAAUUUUUCAUCGUUCCUUGGGAAACUUUUCAACGAUCCCUGCCGAUUGCCUCCGCUUGUUAUCGAUAACGAGCUCGGCAGCCGCUUAAAGUCGUACAUUUCGCUGAUAAAAAUGGAAUUGAGAAGGCAGAAAUAUUUCGCUCGGAAGAAGAGGUCAGGACUUUCGCUAUAACGAGGCUUCAUCGACGACUUCGUUGCUGAUAAAGAUGACGUCGAAUCGUAUUAAUAAUGCUGACGUGGGCCCGGUUCAAGAAGGCCAAGAUAAAACCUGUAUAUUAAUAACUAUGACUGUAAGCUCGCGAAAUGAUCGGGAUUAAUUAAAAGAAAUCGAUCGCGAUGGAGGAAGGGAACAUCUGGCUACGAUUUUCGAUCAGAAUGGAUAUAGCAACGGAGAUUUGUUACUUGGUCAAUGGAUACGCUAGAUGAGUUGCUAUUGCAACGAGUAGAAGAAAAUUUUUUGCUAUGUGAUCUUUCGCUACGUGGAAGAUCCUCGAGCUCUUGAGUUAUCCUUUGUCGUGAAUUCGUCGUGUUAGUCGAGUCGUAGUACGCGUUUGUAGAGCUCCAGGAGAAUCGUCGACCUUAGAUAUUCAGACGAUGAUCGUGCCUCUCCAAUUUUUUGCACCUUUAUACCAUGUAACGAGAGAAAAAGAGAGAUUAGACGUAAUAGAAUAUCGUUGUUUCUUCCCGACGAGUGGAAUUUUUGUAAAACGAUGUGAUAACAACCAUCCUCAACCCUUUAUCUUUACCUGUUCAAUUAGCCUGUAUCGUACGUAUGUACACGUGAAUCAAAUAUUGUAUUCGUUGUAUCGUGCUCUGUAGGGGAGUAGGAAAGCAAACCGAUCGUUUUGAGCUUAAUUGAAAUCGAUACAUAUCGCGCUCCCUCCUCCUAACUCUAAUAAAUGAUUCAGCGUGUUAUCCCUUUUAUUCAAAUCGGAAUUGAGAGAUUUUCUGGAAAAAAGAGAGUCCACUAGAUGGCAUGGCGAGUCGAAUAAAUCGCGUUGGAAGCUUUACAAUUCUUCCUUAUUUAAUAUUAACUGUGUUUCAACUUUGUUCCUUUCUCCCCCUUUUUUCAUGUUUUUAUAAAACGAAUAAAAAUUUCAGAAGCAGACCUACAUUUUUCAGAAAGCUGCUCGAUUAUUCCCGAAUAUCAUUCGUUGGAUCAUGACCGAUUACACGUUACGUAUUCCGCGAGUUUAUUUGUUGAACGUUUACAGCAAAAGCUACGAAAGUUUCAGAGUUAGCUUUUAUGAAUGGUUCAUUAGGAAAUUGAUCGAUUUCCGUAUGAACAUUUUGAGCGAUGGUUAGAGCUCAAAACGGUGGGUGCUCGUGUUUCUUGCCAGUGUACUUUAUUCUUAACGGUCCCUUUGACAUGUGGACUUCCGGUAUAUGCAGUUCUUAUCGACCACCACCAAUGCGAAACGAUAUUUUCUAUGGCGUUGAUGAUAUUCCGUGGGAAACAUAUCAUCAUGAAAUUUUCCUUUUGUUCAACAAUUCAAACAUUAUGAACAUUCGUGAAUAUUAUAGAUCAAUUGUUACAGUUUCUUUCAUAUCUAUGAUACGAUUGCAACACGUUUAAUAUCAAACGUUGAAUAUCUUUUAACGGUGGUUCCUAUCUAUGGAAAAUAUCGUACGAAAUUAUAUUGUAUCGGUUCGUCGAGGAAGAAUUGCCUGCUCCAGUUAGAAGUAUAUAUACGUUUGCCGCUAACAAGUUGCAUAUUCGGUUUUCGCGUCUCGGAGAGCGCAAAGUUCUGAUUUCGUUUGGUGUUCUCGUGGCCGUCCCUUCUACGUUUCCUUGCGAUUUUUCCAAACUCCGCAUGAAACUUCCAUUUUUCAUCUAUCUUACCUGGAAAACAGUUCUUCCAUAAAGUUUCAUCUUUUCGCCAAAGAAGUCUAUGUACCGUUUUAAGUCGUGGGGAAACUCGUUACGUGAAACUACAACGGCGAUACUUUGCAUUUACCUUCAACGAGAAGCGCUUCCUUCUUCUGGAAUCGCGGCACUACCAAACAAUUACGAUCAUAUUUAUUAACGAGCUCCAGCAAGUUUACCAGGAGACAAUAUUUUCGUGGAGAACGAGCAGCAUGCAAAACAGUUCCGAAUCGAAGCAAGAAGUUGAAGCAGGUACUUGCGGUGUAUUUACCGGCGAACUAGCGCAGGAAGGAGGGUUGAAAAAGAAAAAAAGAAAAAUGAAAAAGAAGAAAGAACGCAGCCUCCUCUAGCAGAAUGUAGCGCUUUGUUUCCGGAUCGACGAGGCUAGGAAUGGGAAUCGAGCACACGAAAGUCGGACGACGUAAUUUGACUGGUUAUUUAUUGCGGUGCACGGAUCGAUAUUAACCUGGGAGACAGAGGGCAACACGAGACCGGAAAUCGUGGUUUGCGGCGAACGAUAUACAAGGGCGUUAUCCGGAACAACGACCUGCUGUGACGGAAGUAGCCGUGAAAUCGGAAGCGAGCCACAAGAUGGGAAAAAGUAAAAAGGAAGGACAUCGGGAAACGACUACAUCCUUCCUACAUAAAUUGGAUAUCAAAGUGGAGGAACUGAUUCGCGAUAAGCGAUUUCUUAGAAAAGCUACAGUUUCCUUUCUAAGUAGAUUCUCGUUCGAGUAAUAGGACAUUGGCGGGAAAUUCGGAACACGAACGAUUACCGAGAAAUUGUUAAAAUUUUGCAGAAUCACUGUUUCAUUCGAAAUCGUCUUCAAUUAUAAAGUAACUUUAGAGUAAUUCUAUUUGAAGUAAAAAUGGAAGGUAUCGAUUUGAUAUACGGAAUUGUCUCAGUUGAUUUAUUAAUUUUGUUAUUUAUUAUUUUGUUAGAACGCAUUAAACAGAGAAUAAAAUGGAUUAUGUCAAUUGCUCGAUUAAUUUUGUUUUAGAAACGACCUAGACAAGAUAAUGUUAUUUUUAAAGCAAAUAAUUUCUUAUUUUUAUCAAGUCUUUGGAUAAGUCGCUGUCUUUCCGUAACACUCGCGAUUAAUCCGAUUGCAAUUUUCAUUGAACGUUUCAAAUUGUUAUCUCGCACGAAUCUAAAAUUCUAAUUGAUGAAUCGUUUUCCUGUUAAUCUCAGUUGUUUAUAACACUUGGUACGAAGCGUGUUUCCUAAUAUUUACGAAUUAGAAUGUACAUCUUCCAUAUAUGUUUCUUUAAUCAUUAUUCACAAUCAAAGAAGCCUAUUUUACUUUAAAAACAAUUUGUUAGUUUGAAGAAGUUGAUCAUUGUAUAUAUAUACGUUUCGUUAAAAGCUCUUCUCGAGUCUUCACCUGCUUCAAAUACUAAAAGAACGUAAAUUGAUGAAAAAGAAAAUGUUCAGUUCUUAAAUCAGUCGCACAAAGAAACACGCGGAAAAAUGUUCUUCGUUCCGAGGAAAAUAUCGAGAGACAGAGACUCGAGGGAAGCAGGUUGUCACCUCGAAGCAGUUGAGAAUCGAUAAAGGUGCAAUGAGUCACAGCCAGACACGGCGCCACGCGAUUUACUGUUGGAGAAAACGCGAAAAAGCCAUACUGGUCACGCGAUUUUUUAAUAUUUACGAAAACUGUCGCGGUAAAGAAUGAUGCGAAUGUGUGCUGCAUCUUGCCGUCGAUGCUCGGUGGCAAAAAGAAGAUGGCAACGGAGUCCGUGUCACUCAAGAAGGCACGUAAGAAUAAGAAAAACGCGUUCGAAGAGAACGAGAAGACGCAUCAUGGAUGCAUGAGACUGGAAAACCACAUCGUGAGGAAAUAGGAAAAACGAUGUCGAUCGAUGACGCGUGUUAUCAGAUAUCCACAAGGUGAUAUUUCACGUAAAAUGGACGAAACUUGUUCCUGAUUCCAUUUUCUUGUAGAUUAUUUUCUAUAGAAAACUCGACGAGUUUCCUAAUCGUCGGUUGGAUACGUCGAAGAUAUCAAUGUAAAAUUAUGUGAACAUUCGCGUUACUUUUGUUGCGCAUCAGCGUCGUAAGGGAGAUAAGGAAGCAUAAAUUUUCGUUGUUGAGAGUCUUCAAAGGAUCUUGCAGUUAGAAAAUAUUUCACGGCAACGACAAUUUUUUUAAUGGAUUGUAACAGUCAAGGACUUUGAUGGAACUGUUUCGCGUGGAAAGGAAGACGAACUGCACGGAAUGGAACCAGUUUCUUCACACUUUGUUGCUCGGUACGUCUAACGACCCCUUUAGAUACGCUUCCUACAACUCACGUGUGCUGGAAUGCGUUGAAAAUGCAUCGAUGGAUGUCGAACCACCUUGCAUCUUCUUGGGGUUCUUUCUCUUCCGCUAUUUUGCGACGACUCAUGUUCGACUUCUCUGCCAUUUCUCCCAUAAGCCUCGUUCAAUCUUGCACAUAUACAACGGUCAACUUUUCGGAGAUUCGACUAAUUUCUCGCAAAACGUACGGAUAGAAGAGCUGGCGCACUCUUAUCGCGCCGUGAUCUUUGUCCUAUUCCCAGCGCUUUAAUUUCAUUCAAUUUCAUACAAGUUUUAUCAUCUAGCCGCCGGUAAUUUUAGCGUUAAUGAAGCGAUGUCAAGCUCCUUCGUUCGAUCGAGUCGCUAGUUCUCGUUAAUCAGAGCGGGCGUACGAACACGAAAGGAUAUACGAAAUCAGCCAAAUAACAGGCUCGCAUUACCGUCGAGCAACUCGUCCAGUCUGAGCCAGCCUUUACGCCACUUCCGCUCUGUCUCCGUAAGUCAUCGAGUUUACGAGAAACCUCCGCGUGCUCUGCCAACACCUUUCCCCCAACCCAAUUCCUGCAAUCCCGAAAUUUCGCGAAAAACUAAAAAACGAGAAUACUUGGAAGAUCCUCGUCGUUCCAAGUUCCUUACAACAGUCAGGACUUUCCUCUUCGCUCGCGUGGCACUCGCGGUGUCGCCUUAACCCAGUUUACAGCGAACUUCCGGUGGCACCGAUCGCCGCGACCGACAACUUAAUUACCACGGUCUCUAAUUAGCGUGUCCUCCUGGUCCUCGACGACUUAGAAGGGCGUCGCGACGAGAGCACACGUUCCGCUUUUCUCUCUCUCUCUCUGUAUGUGUGUGUGUGUAUGUAUGUGUUUGUGUGUAUGUAUAGAAAGGCGAGACGAACGGAAAUAGAAGAAGGAAGAAAGAGGAAGCGGAAAGGACAUAAAGGAAAUGGAAAAUCGUAGAAGACGAGUGUAACGAGUGUCGAUGCUAGUCGAGUGGAGAAUCAUUUCGAGGAACCAAGAGAGUGUGGACGGUAACGAGUACGUGUAGCGUACGCAAAAAAAAAAAAAAAUGAAUACGAAACGAAACGUUUAAUUACUUGUAAGAACAUUGUACAUAGGCAACCGCAGGCUGUAAGUUUUCGUAGGAUUUCCUUACAGCGUGGAAACUUUUGCGUUGCAUCGGAAAGUUCAAGUACAAUCGCUGCUCGGCCUCGCCGGGUUUGCUGGUUAUUUUACAGGGUUGAUCCGUAAUUUAUGAUAAAUAAAAGCGAUGAUUCUGUUAAUAAUAAUAGUUUAUUCCGAUGUUGUUUCGUUGGUGGAUGGCGAUUGUCGCGAAGCGAAGCGAUUUCACGGGUAGAAAUUAAAAGUAGCGAAUUAUCGAGGUUGUUUGAAUUCUUUGAGUUUUUGUACAUGAUCGAUGCUCCGAGCAAUGUUCGAAGAAAGAAUGGAAAUAAGAUUAGAAAAAUUGAGCAACGAUCUUAUAUAUAAUAUAAGUAUAACAUAGAAGUUUUGUUGAAAUGAUUACGAUUUAAUACUAGAAAUACCAAAUGUGUCUUUGUUAUACCUUAAAAACGAUAUUGAAGAAUAAUCUCUUAUUAUUUUAAAUAAAAUGUAAUAUACGUAUAUGUUUCUUAAAUGCAAAAUUUACAAGUAAUUAUAUUCGUCAAAGUGAAAGUAACAAUUUCCGAAACGGAAUGAUCCGAUUGACGGUUUUAGCGUUAGUUAGGUAUCUUGAACAAUUGGGAAUCUAUAAGAGUAGCUAUAUUUAAUUUUGUUAAAUGUAUAAUCGAUGGGCAUGGUAAUUGGUUAGAGUACACUUAACCAGCGCUAUGGUUAAACGACUGAUCGACAUAUCGGUAGCAAUUGAAUUGAUAAUAAUUUACGCUUGAUUUUCCGAUCAACGACCACGCAGUUCCACGCUUAGAGAGGAAAUCGACCAAUGUCUGUCGAGUAUGAUUGUUGUUUUUUAUAUCGACUGUCGUUCAACAAAUUCUAUUGUAUACUAAUACUUGCCCCUUGUUGUGUUUUAUUACCAUUCGAUAUUUUAUUAUCGUGCUUCGAACGAUAGAUCGCAGUAUUUAUGUAUAAUUAAACACGUAACGGCUAACCAUAGCGAACGAUCGAGUUAAACUGAAAGAGAGAAAGGGAAUUCUGUAAAUGGUAAAACCGUGCGCAGAAUUCUAGUAACAAGCGUGUGAAAAGAGAAGAGAAGAAAAAAAAGUUAAUGUAAAAAGGAAGCAAAAGAGGGGAGCAGAUCGUGUUUUUACUGUAACGAGAACGAUUAUUAUAUCGUCAUUCGUCCUCGCGCCGCUUGAAUAUUCGUAUAUUUAUAUAGUAGACUCGCCACUCUUCUCUCGUGUGCGUGCAGUAGAUGCACCAGGUGAAUGUGAUUGUACUCUGGGACACGCAUCUCGUCCCGUCAGACUGAAUGGAUCUUUUCCGACUGUGAGCGAGGAUUUUUCCAAAUAAAUCAGCUAAUUCCGUUAUGUUUUAA